AUGGUUCUUCAAGAUCUUGGGCGGCGUAUCAACGCGGCCGUCAGCGACCUGACGAGGUCCAGCAACUUGGACGAGAAGGCAUUCGAUGGCAUGAUUAAAGAGAUCUGCGCCGCUCUACUAGAAGCAGAUGUAAACGUACGACUGGUUGGAAACCUGCGGAAAUCGAUUAAAGCCUCCGUCAACUUCAAGGAUCAAGCGCCGGGCGUGAACAAGAAACGCCUCAUCCAGAAAGCCGUCUUCGAUGAACUCGUCAAAUUGGUGGAUCCCCAUGCUGAACCAUUCAAACCGAAGAAGGGAAAGGCAAAUGUUAUCAUGUUUGUGGGAUUGCAAGGUGCGGGAAAGACGACGACGUGCACGAAGCUGGCUAGACACUAUCAAUCGAGAGGGUUUAAGGCAUGCUUGGUUUGCGCGGAUACGUUCCGUGCUGGUGCUUUUGACCAGCUGAAGCAGAAUGCCACGAAGGCGAAGAUUCCUUACUAUGGAUCCCUCACACAAACGGAUCCUGCAGUGGUAGCUAAAGAAGGUGUGGAGAAGUUCAAGAAGGAGAGGUUUGAGAUAAUCAUCGUGGACACGUCAGGAAGACAUCGACAAGAGGACGCUCUGUUCCAAGAAAUGGUGGAUAUUCAGACCGCUGUUAAGCCGGAUCAGACGAUUAUGGUUCUCGAUGCCAGUAUCGGACAACAAGCCGAGGCUCAAAGUAAAGCUUUCAAGGAGACUGCUGAUUUCGGCGCUAUUAUCAUCACGAAGACGGAUGGACAUGCAAGCGGAGGAGGAGCUAUCUCAGCUGUUGCGGCAACUCAUACACCUAUAGUUUUUAUCGGAACUGGAGAACAUAUGCUAGACCUGGAAAGAUUUGCGCCUCAACAGUUUGUGUCAAAGCUGCUAGGAAUGGGAGACAUGCAAGGCUUGGUGGAACAUGUGCAAUCACUUAAGCUGGACCAAAAGGACACGAUGAAGCACAUAGCCGAAGGUGUUUUCACAGUCCGCGAUCUUAGAGACCAGCUAUCGAACAUCAUGAAGAUGGGACCGCUCUCCAAGAUGGCAGGCAUGAUACCAGGCAUGAGCGGUAUGAUGCAAGGCAUGGAUGACGAUGAAGGAUCCAUGAAGCUCAAGCGAAUGAUCUACAUCUGCGAUUCCAUGACUGCAAAAGAGCUUGACAGCGAUGGGAAGAUGUUCAUCGAGCAACCAACGAGAAUGACACGGAUAGCUUACGGAAGCGGGACCAGCGUCCAUGAAGUCGAGGAUCUUUUGACGCAGCACAAGAUGAUGGCUGGUAUGGCGAAGAAGAUGGGUGGCAAUAUAAAGAAUUUGCAAAAGGCACAGGGCGCCAUGGGCGGUGGCAACAAACAGCAACAAAUGGCUGCUAUGCAGAAGCGCUUAGCGAGCAUGGGCGGUGGUGGAGCAGGGGGCGGGAUGCCUGAUAUGGGAUCGCUUAUGAAGAUGCUUGGCGGAGGUGGAGGCGGCGGUGCGGGCGGGAUGCCUGGUAUGCCGGGUAUGCCGGGUGGUAUGGAUAUGCAAGCGAUGAUGAAGCAGAUGAGCGGUAUGAUGGGCGGGGCUGGCAGAGGAGGACGGAGGUAG